AUGGAAAAAACAGGUGAGAUUCAGAACUCCCAGGAUAAGCAUGAAGAGGACAUCCCCAAAAGUUCCCCAUUUGACUUUGUUAUAAAACAGUUCCAAGGGAAGAGGUCCUCCCUUGGAAAAAGAAAAGAGCAGCCUUCAGACAUCAAAAAAUUCUUCAGGAGCUUUGACAUUGGGAAAUCUGAAGGCAAGGACAGAAAGGAAAUUGAAGAAACAGAAUUAAACAACUCUGGAUCUGAUGAUCAGAUUGAAAAGCAAGAUCUCUCUGUAGAAGAUGGACUUUCACAUCUCAUUUCUGAAGUGGAGUCACCAUCUGGUGAGCAGAGAUUUAACCAGUUCAUGCAGAAACUGGGAAAGGAUCCCAGCAGCAAGAAUCUGGAUCUAAAUAAUUGUGCAUUAAGUGCAGCAGAUGUAACAGAGCUGGCUUCUUUACUGCCAUUUCUCCCAGAGCUGGAAGAGAUCAGCCUGUCCUGGAAUAGCUGUGUUGGUGGGACUUUGAAAGCUCUCACUGUUCAUCUUCAUCAUGUGAACCAGUUAAAAGUCCUUCGACUUAGCAGCUGCAGGCUGACAGCUGAGGAUGUUACCUCCUUAGGAGAGGCAUUUGAAAUUGUUCCUCAACUCGAAGAGCUGGAUUUAUCAUGGAACAGUAACAUUGGUGGAAAAUUAUCACUCCUGACAAAAAAACUCCAGGAAGGAUGCAAGUUAAAAAUUCUGAAAAUUACAGACUGUAACCUGACAGCAAAGGAUGGAGAAUCCCUUGCUGAAAUUCUAAAUGUGAUCCCAAACCUGGAAGUAUUAGACCUCUCCAUCAACAAACACAUCGGCUGCAGCAUGAAGGUUAUUGCUCAGGAUCUGAAAAAUGUGCCAGGCUUGAAAGAGUUAAACUUGCACAUGUGUGGAUUAAAGCAUGACAGCCUCCAGGGCUUAGACACUGCUUUAGAGCAUCUGGCCCAGCUAAGAAAGUUAGACAUAUCAUGUAACAAAGACAUUGGUGGUGGCUUUAAAGACUCAACAGCUCAUUUGGCCAGCUUGAAAAAUCUUGAAGUCCUUGAUCUCCACCAGUGCUGUGUAACAGAAGAGGACGUGGCCAAUUUGUCCCAGGUGAUACCUUUACUCUCCAGUCUUCAAGAGCUGAAUUUAUCCUCGAAUAAAAAUAUAGGAGUCUCAUCUGAUCCUCUUCUGGGCAGGCUCAGGUUUUUACCAAAGUUGAAAUCUGUGGCCAUCAGCAAUUGUGGUUUAGGUGAAGAGUCCCUUUCAUCCCUAGCUGAGGCUGCCCUUCACCUUCCUGAACUGGAGAUAUUAGACCUUUCUUGGAAUAAGUGCGUUGGUGGGAACCUAAAGCUGCUUUUGGGAGCACUAAAGCUUGCAACGAAGAUUCAAGUGUUAAGACUGAGCAGCUGUAACUUGGUGGCUGAAGAUUUGGCACUUCUAACCUUACUGAGGCAGGAUGGCCAUCUAGCCCAGUUACAGAAGCUGGAUUUGAGUUACAACAACAACGCCUCUGACGAGGGGUGGGUCGUUUUCUGUCAAGGCUUAGCAGGAUUCAAAGAGCUCUCCGAGCUGGAUGUCAGUCUUCGCCCAUCGUCCUGCCGUGACUGUGGGACGUGGUUCAGUGACUUGUUAGCAGCCCUGACAAAGCUGCCUGCCUUGGCAGAGCUGGGGAUGCAGAGAUGGGUCCUUUCAGAAUCCCAGCGGAAACGGCUGGAAUGCUUUAAUCAAGACAACAAAAGAAACAUUCGCUUUGACUGUUGAUGGGGGUUGAAGGUUUCUGGAAGGCCUUUCAGAAGCAGCAUAUGAACCAAGUAUUAUGUGUCUCUG